CUUAUGGUUUGUUUGUUGGAGGCCUCCUAGGACCGACCGACCAACCCCCAUCUGGCCUCCUCCGUUCGCAUAAUUUCUUUCCAGGUCUCCAAUGCCGCCGGAUCGAUGGCUUUUUUCAGAUCAGUCAAAGCGCUAAUUUCCCGAACCAGAAAGCUCAAUGGCAGUGAUCCUCCUAGAACCUUCUUCACCACAGCCUUCUCUUCCUCAUACGCUUUCGCGCCGCCUCUCUACCCCGACCCCUCUGCCUACCGCCGCCACCGCCAUUUCCUCGCGCGCCGUAACCUCUUUUCUCCUACCUUCUCUGGUGCCACCACUGUCGUCGCAAACUCUUUCCCGCUCUUUCUCUCCUUUCCUCCUUGGAAGCUCCUGCAAUUCUCAACGCCACUCCACCUCCAUCCCAAGCUCGCCCUCCUUCGGGUCAAAGCUCUCAAUUUGAAAUUCCCAUACAAGCUAGGGCUUCAGUCAGCUUCCUACGCACCGAAACUGCUCCUUAAUGGUCCCAGGGAAAAGCAAGUCGUCGAAUCUCAGACCUUUGCUGGAAUUAGAGACAGCUUUGUCAAUUUCCCGAAUUGCAUUUCGUUCAGUCGAUUGCUUUCCGGCCCAUUACUCUCGUGGAUGAUCACACAAGACAUGUAUCUUCCUGCAUUUGUUGGGCUAGCGUUUGCUGGUGCGAGUGAUUGGUUAGAUGGGUAUAUAGCCAGGAAAAUGGGGAUUGAUUCUGUGGUUGGUUCCUACCUCGAUCCUCUUGCUGACAAGGUGCUAAUUGGAUGUGUUGCUCUGGCAAUGGUUGAGAGGGGUCUUUUACAACCUGAACUUGUUGCCCUUGUGGUUCUACGUGAUGUUGCCCUCGUUGGUGGUGCUCUUUACAAAAGAGCUAACAGUUUGGAAUGGAAGUGGACAAGUUGGAUAGACUACUUCAACCUGGAUGGAAUGCGUCCCCAGAAAGUAGAGCCUCUUAUGAUUAGCAAGAUAAAUACUUUCUUCCAAUUGGUAUUAGUUGCAGCAGCCCUACUCCAACCUGAACUGGGCAAUGCGGAGACUCAAACAUAUAUCAGCUAUAUCAGUUUGGUAGUUAUGCUAACCACAGUAACCUCAACUGUUGCCUAUGGAUCACAACACCUCAGGACUGGAUAAAGCAAAGAAUGUGGAGGCAAUGUUCUUUUUAGUAACAGAGAUGCCUCACUGGUGUAGAUUUGCAACUAACAAUUUUACAAUGCAAGAAAUGUUGUAGGAGUUCACAAGUGUAGAAUUGCAAUUAACAAUUUUACAUGCAAGAAAUGUUGUAUGAGUGCUUCAGUGCUUGAGUUUAACGAAAGUAGGCUAAAGUACUCUUGUAGACCAAAAUAUCAAUAAGAAUAAUAUUAUUCAAAUGCUGCUCUUAUUUUUGAAAAUAACAUCAAAGUG